GAGGGAGCUCGAGGAAGGGCGGAGAGACAGAGGAGAGAGACUCUGAGAGCGAGGGAAGAAGGGGAGAGGCAGAGACACCGAGAUCGGAGAGCCGGGGAGCCCUCGGUGGAGGCGCGAGGGGACUGAGGCGCGGACCCAGCGCGGCAGGCGAGCCUCGGGGCAGCCUUCCUCCUCCUCCUCCUCCUCCUCCUUCUCCUUCUCGCCACUCACAGCCCGCUGUCGCCGCGGCGCCCCGAACAGCGCGGGCGAGCCGAGCCGGGAGCGCCUCCCCGGACCCCGAGUCACGCGCCCCCAGCCCCACCGACCACCCCGCCCGCCAUGGACCCCAAAGACCGCAAGAAGAUCCAGUUCUCUGUGCCCGCGCCCCCCAGCCAGCUGGACCCCCGCCAGGUGGAGAUGAUCCGGCGCAGGAGACCAACCCCUGCCAUGCUGUUCCGGCUCUCAGAGCACUCCUCACCAGAGGAAGAGGCCUCCCCCCACCAGAGAGCCUCAGGAGAGGGGCACCACCUCAAAUCGAAGAGACCUAACCCCUGUGCCUACACCCCCCCCUCGCUGAAAGCCGUGCAGCGCAUUGCUGAGUCUCACCUGCAGUCCAUCAGCAACCUGAGCGAGAACCAGGCCUCGGAGGAGGAGGAUGAGCUGGGGGAGCUACGGGAGCUGGGCUACCCAAGAGAGGAAGAGGAGGAGGAGGAGGAGGAAGAGGAGGAAGAAGAGGACAGCCAGGCUGAAGUCCUGAAGAGCAGCAGGGGUUCUGCUGGGCAGAAGACAACUUGUGGCCAGGGUCUGGAGGGGCCCUGGGAGCGCCCACCCCCUCUGGAUGAGCCCCAGAAAGAUGGAAGCUCUGAGGACCAAGUGAAAGAUCCCGCACUAAGUGAGCUGGGGGAGAAGCCACAGCGCCCUGCCCACCCUGAGCCUGGCACAUAGGCACCCAGCCCUGCAUCUCCCAGAAGGAAGUGGAGGGGGCAUCAUUGUUCCCCAGAAACCCACUUUGUCCUCACCCUAUUUUCUACCCCUCCCCUCAUUUGCUAGGGCUGCGGCUUCUGACUUCUAGAAGACUAAAGCUGGUCUGUGUUUGCUUGUUUGCCCACCUUUGGCUGAUGCCCAGAGUCCCUGGGCACUUUGCUGCCUGCCUGAUGCCUACCCCUGCCAGUCAUUCCCCUAUUCACCCAGCGGGAGGCAGGAUGUGAGAGAGUUUGCAUUGGAAAAUCCAGUAAACAAGGGAUAAAUGUUCAUCCUUCACCGUUCACCUCCCCAGAACCCCUCACUUGGGCACAGGAAAACCAAAGGGCAGGACCCUAAGAUCUGGGAAAAGAGGAUACAGAGAAUUUGUAGGUGCCCUAGGUCCUUCUCCAUCCCCUUUCUUCCUAUGGUGGAUUCCAAGUCACCACCCCUCACUGGCUUCUACCAGGACCAAGGAUUCAGGCAUCCUUCUACACAGCCUCAGUAGUUUGGAAAUCUUCCCCUUAUCACCCCUGCUCCCAGCCUGGGUGCCUGGAAGAUGGACUGGCAGAGGCUGCUUUGUUGCGUUUUGUUUGUGCUUUGAUGCCAGGAAUGCCGCCUAGUGUUCAUUCUUAAGGGGGGCAUGCAGUGGGGGAGCCAGGUUUUCGUCCUCCAGCUGCUCUGCCCUCUUCCCCUCUUCCCUGACUCCAGACCUGAACCGCUUCCAUGCUGUAAUAAAUCUUUGUAAAUAACUG